CAGCGAGCUAGAUGGCGGCGGAGAGCACCAGUGCUGGUUGGGUGCAGAGCUGCCUUUACCACCGGCGCUGUUGCAAAGCGCUGGGGUUACGCGCUUGGAACGGCACUCUUACGGGUGCCGAAGUGUGUCUAGGCUCUAGCGUCGUGUACGCGUCAGGCUGCACUGUUUUGAGCUUGCUGUUUUGGGAGAGGCACAAGGCUGAGUUGCAUAUAUCGAGCGCGACGCCGUGUGAGCACGACGCCGUAGCGCUGGUGGUACCUGUAGCUCUCCUGGAGCUCUCGGACAAAAUAUUCAACGCUCGCGCACCGCUGCUCGCCCGCAAGUGAGUGUUGCACAUCUGCUCGCUCAGGGGCUGCCGCACGCCGCUAGCACCCACAGGUGCUCAAGGCCGCUCGCAACCAUGCGCCGCGCCGCCAUAAUAACGCUGGUAGUCAGCGUGCAAGCCCUGCGCUUCGGCGGCCCGCCGGGCGGCCGCCGACCGAGCGCGGAUGACAACAACAACCGGCGGCGCCGCGGCGCCGCGGUCCUCGGGAUGGUCGCCCUCGGCGCGCCGACGGCCGCGUCCGCGAAGAAGAAGAGCAACAAGGUCACGCUCUCGGAUAAAUUAAGGAACGUGCCGGCCUUCUUCGUGGCCAAUUCUCGAGGCUCGCCCUACCUCAUCAACAAGGAGCAGGAGGGCGCGCAGGAGUGCGUGAUUUUUCUGGAGCCGGGCGACGCCGAGCAGCUGCUCAAGGAGAUGGUCCAGGCCUCGCCGAUGCUCGCGGACGCGCGCGUCAUGUGCGUCGGUUUAGAUAGGGCUCUGGCGAUGCUCGCGCGGCCCGCGACGCCGACGGGCAACGUGCACAAGGGCCGCCAGCUCAUGCUGCGGUAUCGGUUGCAGCCGGCGCAGCGCCAGCUCCGGGCCGCGCGGUCGAAGCUCGCCGUGAAGAUGACCGUGUCCGGCAAGUCGGCGCCGUGCUUCACGUGCAGCGGGCUCAAGGACGCGAAGGGCCGGACGCCGGUCUUUCUGGACCUGGCCGACCUCGAGGAGGCCUGGGCCAAGGUCGCGGGCGACGCGAAGCCGAACGUCCAGGUCCACGACUUAAUGGAGCUCGCGGCGCUCUCGAAGCGGCCCGACGCGGGCGACGCGUUUGAUGAUCUCGUGCUGUACCCGAUGAGCGGCACCGUGGAGUACGUCAAGCGGAACCGGCGCCGCGGUAACGGCGUCGCGCGGAUGCACACGGCUAUUGGGGCGUAGUAGGCGUCUUAAGUAUUACCCUC